AGUCACAAUCGAAUCCUCCACGUCUGCGGAGGUCCGUCGCGAGAGCCAGUCAGCUUCAGUCCCCCACAGGCCACAUCCGAGCAGCCACGGUUCGUCACGCUCUGCCGCGGUGUUUCGACGUGAACUACUGCUCUGCGUAUUCCUCGCAAGGUGGAGAGUUACUACGCUCGCAUGGUAACCCUGCGCCAGGGGAAAAACUCCGUAGCGACUGUGGUUACUGUGGAAUCGAACUGUGGUAUUUUGGAUUUCCGAUACCACCAAGAACAGAACCAGUGACGUCUUAUUCUAGUCUCUGCAGUGUACUAUCCUGAAUAUUCGGCCAGGACAGUGUGUAUGACCCAGGUCUCACGUACUGGGACGGUCAGAAGUAAGCACAUCAGAAAGGAUGCUAUAUAAAAUUAGUCUGAACUCUAUCAUAGUUCUUUAGUGCACAAAGAACUUCGUUGCUCAUUUCAUGGAAGUUAGACUUGCAGUGUAGUUACAAAUACUAGAGUCAGAUCAAGGACCAAGUGUGCAGCAGCAUUUCAGUCAGACCACGCACUAAAAAGCGAUAGCUAGAGAUCAGGUAGUUAUGAUUCAUCUAAUAAGGUAUAUUUUCCGUUAUCUAAAUCGUACCUAGUAAUUGUUAAGUGUUUCAAGCUACAAUUACCUAAAUUCCUAUGCGUUUCACCAAAUUAUAUUCAGCUUAUGUAUCAAAGUAGCGGUUGUAGAAAAGCUGUAAACAAUAAAUAUAUUUUUCUGAUGGCCCCGACUAUAAAUUUAAAUACUUCACUGAAAGUACAGUUUGUAAGGGCAACAGACAGCUUCCAAAUUUAAUCCAAUGCUGAAUGCUAGAUUUCCACUAGAUGAACAGUGUGAUUGUGUCAAGAAAACCAUCGAGGAGGUCUUGAAGUGUGGAUACGUGAAAUCUGUGUCGGAUGGCUUCAGCAUUAUAGCUGCUUCUGAAGAGUAAAUAUCAAUACUAGUGAUAAAAAAGUAAACAACAUACCUGGUUAUACUUUCCAGACACUGUACACACAGCGUAACAAGUAGGGGAUCGUUAGUCGCGAGUGCUUCUUCUUCGUUUGUCAUUAUUUGCCAUGAAAGAACCCCUAUCAAACUUGAAUUUGUACUUUGGUCCGCAUUUAAGCCGCUAACUUUAUUCCACCUUCACUAAAGGAAAAUCUGAAAUUUGUUAAACUGUUUGCACAUUAAGGCAGGGUAGAGCGCUGAUUUAAGUACAGUGUGACCCAUAUGCAAAAGCUGGAAAGGAACGACCACAGCAUGAAAAGUUCAUAAUCCGAGACUUUCAGUGACAGAGAGCAAUUUCUUCGUAAAUACAAACACUGGAUGUGAAGUCCUGCAGCAACUAACCGUUACAUUUCCAUCUGAUAGAUUGUAUUGUUACAUCAAGAAGACAUCGUGGAUGAAUCGUCGCUGAGUGGAAGGUGACUGCGCUGAUGUAAAUAUUGGCUAAAAUUUCUUUCAAGAGUUGAGGCGUAAUCAAGAAGUGGCCGUUACCUGUGGAUAUGUGACUGUGCUCACCUAAAAAUUUAAUACACAGAUUAAUUUGGGUGUUUAACCCUAGAUUUCUACUAGACGGAUUGUGUAUCCAAGAAGGCGGGCAGAAGCCCUCGACGUAUUGAUACGUGAGUCUGGUGACAUUCGGAGUUGUACGCCACAGGCGAUGCGUGGUACUGCCUAGAGGUUGUUUCGUACCUGCAUCAAGAAAAUACGGAGUCCAUCUUGACGUGUGGAGACGAGACUGAGCUGGCCGUCAAGACUAGGGACCGUUGCGACAGAGAAAGUUUUGGAUCUGUGAGGCCGCUGUUCUCAGUGGUCCGAUUCUGGCAACAGUAAUACGUCGAGAAUACCGUAAGUGCACCGAGCUGCAGGGAGAGGGGUGUUAGACCAGAGGGGAGCAAUUACACGGGCAGGACGUGGUCCCCACUGUUGAGCGUCUGGCGGCGCUUGGCCAUGGAACUCCAGCAGGUGUACCGCGAGGCGCCGGCGUCCUCCAGCGGAGAGACGCCGCUCUACGGCACGCUGGACUCGGGGCUGGACUCGCGCGGUUCGACGCUGCGGUUCGGGCCGCUGCCUCGCGCUGGAACCGACUCGCAGAGCUCGACGCUGCGCCUGCUGGAGCACGAGCGGCCCGGGGGAGGCGCCCCUGCCGCCCCCGCGUCUCCACCUGCGUCGCCGCUGAUUCCUCCACCCCCGGGUCCUCUGGAGUCGGCCGCCGCCGCCGCCGCCUGGGCCCUAGCGCAGCGCCAGCAGCAGCAGCUGCUCUACCGCGACGGAAAGGAGCUGGUGGCGACCGGGCCCAACCAGCGCAACUGGCGCGGCAUCCUGAUCGCGCUGCUCGUGAUCGUGGCCGUGCUAGGCCUGAUCGUGUUCUCGAUCGUGCUGCUGUCGCCGCCCGACGAGGGGCCCAGGGUGAAGGGCACGAAGUUCACGCUGGACGACGUGCUCAGUCCGCGCUUCCGGCCGCCGCCCUUCAACGGCACCUGGGUCUCCGAGACUGAGCUGGUGUUUCGCGACCAGUUUGGCGGCGUCUCUCUCCUCAACGCCGAGAACCUCACCACCAGGGUUAUCAUGACCAACUCGACCUUUAGACAACUGAACGCGGCGGACUUCCUCAUUUCGAGCGACCUUAAGUACGUCCUGCUCGUGUAUAACAAGAAAAAGGUGUGGCGCUACUCCUACCAGGCGAGCUACCACGUCUACGAAGUAGAAACACAGAACAAGUACUCGGUGUCGCCGGUGGAGCUGGACCGGCAGGCGCCGCGCCUGCAGCACGCCGUGUGGUCCCCGCGCGGCUCCAGCCUGGCCUUCGUGCACGACAACGACGUGUACUACAGCGCAGACCCGCGCCGCAGGGCGCCCGUGCGCGUCUCCAGCUCCGGCGUCCCCAACACCGUCUUCAACGGCGUCGCCGACUGGCUCUACGAAGAGGAGAUCCUGAAGAGCAGCGGCGCGAUGUGGUUCAGCCCGGAUGGCCGCUACCUGCUGUACGCCACGUUCAACGACACGCGAGUGGGAGAGCUGCGCUACCCUUGGUACGGCACCGCCCAGAAGGACCGACCCCAGUAUCCACAGCUGCGCACUCUGCGGUACCCCAAGGUGGGCACGCCUAACCCCGUGGUGACGCUGUGGGUGGCGGACGUGAGUAACCCCAAGCAGGUAAUCGUCACCGACCUGAAGCCGCCGCUCGAAGUCAAGUCUUCACAAGCUCAGUGGGACCAGUACUUCACGUCGGUGAGGUGGCUAUCGAAUGAUGAGGUGUCCGUGGUGUGGCUGAACCGCCGGCAGAAUGUCUCAGUCAUAUCCAUUUGCCGCGCCAAGGUGUGGAAUUGUGAGCAGACGCACCUCGAGCAGUCCAGCACUUGGCUGGAGCCUGGAGAGGCGCCCCUAUUCUCCCCGGAUGGUUCAACGUAUGUGACGGUGUUGCCGGUGCAGGAGGCAGACCUGGGCAGCUACCCACAUGUGGUCCAGGUGGAAACGGAUACGCAGCGCGCGACCACGCUCACACAGGGCGCCUUCGAGGUCACCAGUAUCGCCGCCUGGGACCACGAGAACCACCUUGUAUAUUUCGUGGCAGCUCCUGAAGGUGUCCCUGGGGAGAGGCACCUCUACAGGGUGGGCGAUGCCAACAGCACACUCAAGUCAUGGGAGUGCCUCACCUGCCCACCCCCAGAGGUACCCCCUGGACAUCCUGACACAGUCAAGCCCUGGUACCAUGAGUUGAAUCCCUGCAAUUCUGCAAAAUCAUCAGGAAGACAGAAUAAGACACCACCAAUGAGGAAGCACAAGCAGAAGUGCAAUGAAACUAGUGACUUGGACUGGGUGUGCCUCUUUGUGCAACCUCACUUCAGCCCAGGCCUGUCACCUAGAUAUUAUGUCCUGGAAUGCCUAGGGCCCGAUCCACCAUUCCAUGUCUUGGUCGAUGCACUGUCAAACACCAGAAUUGCUAUGUUGGAUUCCCUAAAUUCUUUAAGAGACAGACUGGCAAAAAUGGCUAUGCCUCAAGUGAGAACAUUCAAAGUCCAAGUUGCUGAUGGUUUCCAUGCUCAUGUAAGGUUUCACUUGCCUCCCGGAUUGCGAGAAUAUGAAGACAUGAUAUUUCCACUGGUACUGCAUGUAUGUGGAGCUCCUGGGUCACAAUUAGUGUCUUCAAAAUGGGGUGUUGACUGGCCAACAUACUUGGCUGGCAACAGGAAUUUCAUUGUUGCUCAAGUUGAUGGCAGAGGCUCUGGUUUCCAAGGAAAUCGGAUGAGGCAACAGCUGUAUAGGCAGCUUGGUUCUGUUGAAAUUGAAGAUCAAAUUGCUGUGAUUAAGUACCUAAAAGACAAUCUUAAGUUUAUUGAUAAAGAACGGGUUGGUGUUUGGGGAUGGAGUUAUGGUGGAUUUGCUGCAGCUAUGAUUCUUACUGAAGAUGAGAAGGUGUUCAGAUGUGGCAUAUCAGUUGCUCCUGUUACAAGUUGGGCUCAUUACGAUUCUGCAUACUCUGAGCGAUACAUGGGCUUGCCAGAGGGAGAGGACAACUACCUAGGAUAUGAAAAAGCAGAUGUAACAAAAAGAGCAGGAAAUCUUCAAGACAAAAUGUUCUUGUUAAUUCAUGGUACAGCAGAUCACACUGUGCAUUACCAACAGAGUAUGUUGCUUGUACGAGCACUAACAAAAGAAGGAGUGCUCUUCAGGCAUCAGACAUAUCCCGAUGAAGGAAACACAUUCUCUGGAGUCAAAAAUCACUUGUACCGAGUAAUGGAGUCAUUCUUUAAUGACUGCUUUGGACCACUAGAUUUUGAAGAAUGGGAGUUUGGAACAAAUCUUUUCUCUUUCAAACAAUAGCAGAACAGUGAGGCUGCAAUUGUGCAGUUUCUGUGAAGUGUGUCUCUAUUUUCUGCUGAGAAGAUGAUCAUGGUGCUGUACUUGAGCACUUCUGUUUUUGCAUCACAGCCAUGGAAUACAGUAGCUGAAUGCUGCAAUCACUAAGGCACACUAAAAGAAUUGUGCCAGAUACAAGUGCAACAUAUGCAGUUGUUCACCAGUGUGUAACUUUCCUCCUAUGGCAGUAUUUUUAUUUUAUUCUCUUAUUACAGUUUCCCUUUCCUUGUCAGGAAGUAGAAUAUUAACAAGAAGUGGUCAUUUCUUAGAUCAAGCCUUUCUUAAUAAGAUAUUGCAUAAAACUGCUUAUUUAUGAAUAAAUUUCUGUUGUGGAAUAUACUCAAUAAAGAUGGCCAAAAAAUCUUGAGACCAACAGUAAGAAAAUUAACUUUUUGUCUUUCUAUAUUGAUAUAAUGCUGCAGUAUUUUCUAUUCCAUUUAACAUUGUAAUGCACAAAUUAGAUUGUGAGUUCCGACUCAGUGUUUGUGCAUAAUCUGCUAGUAACUUUGGCCUUGGGUAUAUAUAUGUAUUACUGUACUUCAUUACACUAUGUGUUACAGUUUCCUACAAACAAAACAUGAACAAAGUAAUGUUGCUCUCACACUAAAAUGGUUCAGAGACAAUCAAAUUUAGAAGAACAAAUAUUUGAUCAUAUUGUAUGAACAGGUAGUAUUUACAUUUCAGUCCAUAUUUUCCUCUGCUUUCUCACUGAAAUGCCCUACAUUUCAAUAAAACUCACACACAGCAUUACACUGUAAAUAAAAAUUCAUUCUAUUAUUAUAAAUCCUCUUAUGGCCUACUUCUUGUUGAUAUGAAUGAUUCCUCUCUGUGAAUAGCCUUGGUAUAAGAAUAUAAUCUGUCUUCCCAUUUUUUUUUUAAUUGAGAGAACUGGUAAUCUUACAUUUCAUUAUAUACCAGUAAAAAUUUCAAAUAACUUUUCACUGAAAUCACAGUCCUUGAGUACUUCUGCCAUAUUCUGCAACAGAAAUAAAACUUUUAUUUUCUUUGUCCGUAUACUGCUGUGUAUAUCUGCCCAGGCACUAUCUUUAAAACUAUGAAUAUUAUACAACUAAUUUAAUUUUAUCAAAAGUUCAAAAAUUAUUUUGUAAACAAAUACAAAUUUAGCUCACUUUUCAUUAUCAAUGACAAAUUUACAUCAUCAUCAGCAUGAUCUAUCUUUCUUACCUUUUUCCCACCAUUACUAAUGUAACUUCAUUACAAUACAUAAAAUAAACACCGUACUGCUGAAUCCAACGAAAAUGUUUUAAAACCUCAUGGUUUACCAUGUGAAUGCUACUUUGCUGGAAUCAUUUUAUUCUAAUUUGUAAACUUGGUACAAUCAAGGAUAGUGCUGGUGGAGAAUACUUUUAAAAACAAAUAAUCCAUCACUAUUUCUUUGUUUUUUCAUGAAUUGCCUAUUCAGCUUUUCAGUCCUCAUUUGAUGAUGUUUUACAGUAACAAAUUAACUCCUCGUCAGAGCUGAAUGUUUUUUUAAAUUAUUCAUAAAGUUUCAUAUUUUUAUAAGAAUCAAAAUAAAACCAAUUGUAACAAAGAACCAUUUUUGAUAGUAAUACAUUCUGAAGUACAGGGCAGCUACUUAGCAUUAAAAUACACUGUGUGGGCUUUCAACUACAUAUACUCCAAGUUAUAUACUUCUGUUGGGAGAGUACUCACAAGAAACUAAUGAACAUUGUGUAGACAUAACGACUGUAUGCUAAACAGUGGUUGUAAGUAUUGUUACUUAAAAAUAAAUAUAUUUUUAUGAUAAACAACUAGUUAAUAAAUAAUGCAUAUUAAAUGUAAAAGCUAACUUGAAAAGGACAUUUAAGUGUAGAAUCUAGUUGUCUAUGAAGAGAGAUUUUUUAGUACAGAUCAGAAGAACCCAGUAAGAAGACUGUAAAAUUCCUUUGCAAAUUCAGUCUACAAGUGCAGUUACAUUUAUUACAAUAAAUUUAUAGUCUAUGUCUAUGAAAGUGAAGGAAUUCCAUCCAAGAUGCAGACCAUAUGGUAAUGUGGUUUUUAAUUAUAUGUACCCUCACCAACUCUCCUAGAGUUGAGGGUUUUCAUACAGACAAAUAAACUUCUGCUGGUACUCCAAUUGCAUUUCAUAGUCAUGAGUUCUCAAGAAAUGCAGCUAACAAUUGCAAAAUUCAAAUUGUGCAACAGUGUUUACAAUAGUGCCUAAAGUUUGUGCAUCUCAAAGUACUUUGAAAUGUUUUAGUAACUAGUGAGUUAUUUAUUUCAAAGUUAAUUGCAAGUCUUCAUUGAAUUUAUUUUUAAAUCAGCUGGAUAGUGAAAAAUUUAUAGUUCUGAUUGUCCUUUGUGCCCUGUUUUGUGAAACCUCACAGUUCCUUCAUUUUUUGCCAGUGUUUAUGGUCUCAAAAUGUCUCAUGUUUGUUAACUUCAAAUAAAGAUUGAAAAAUUACAGAGACAGAAAAUCAUAAACUACGACACUUAUGUCAGUUAAUAUGUUGCUAACAUAUUGACAAUAUUUAGUAAAUUCGUAAACAUAAUGUUUUCAACUGAAAAUUUUGAUAAGUUUACUAAAGUUUAUUACUGUCCCCUCCUCAAGUAUAGAUUAAUCAAAUUUGUCUUCACAUAUAACACCACAAUCAAUCAACCAAUGUCAGAGUAGAACAGAAAGCAGAGGUAGAAUCCAAUAUUCAGGAAAUAUAAAUAAUAAAGUCUUUAAAUUUUUUGUAUCUGAUGUCAGGAGCAUAGUUAUUUUGACUUGUGUCGGAUAUACAUGACUGUAAAGUGCAGCAAAUGGCUAAAAAUAUGCUGAUCUAUGGCAAUGGGUUAAUAUGUUGACCAUUCUUAUUCAGCCUUUGCAUAUGAACUGUGUACUCACAAAAAAAAAACCAUUUCCAUAGCUCAAAAGCUUUCUUACAGGCAAUGAAGUCAUCUGCCAUAUCAGUCCACAUUUUCACAAAACCAUCUGUUCUAAUAGUUACUUAAACUGUAUUGAUCCAAAGAUAAUUUCUGCAAUUCAACACUAGAUAGUACUUUUUUUAAAUUAGUGAAUGGUAUUUGCAGCCAAUUUCUGAUCUUAUUUUUUUUUUUCUUUUUAUGUAAGCAGUAACACACUUUAACACUUUAGUGGGCUCAUUUAAUUUGCAUGUAACAUGUCUAUGGCUUAAUGGUCUAUUAUCUUCAGUAAUUUUUCAACAAAAUAAUGAGGAUUAUGGGAUUGCAUGCAACUUCCCCAGCAUUAAGUAAAAUGCAUCAGUAAUAUCAACAACUUGCUGUCCUGCUUCACUGAACAUGGAUGAACAAUAUUAUUAUUGUGCUAAUUUACAUUAAUAAACAGUUGCAUAUCUAAGAUUCAGUUGUUUGUAUCAUCCUAUUAAUCUCUCCUAAAUGUGCAAUAUGUUCACCUAACUUUCUUUUAAUUGUUUACUGUUUAUAUAUUACUUUACAAUUGAGCUGCUAGCGUUUGUACCAUAUAGAAGUUAUUUUCAUUUGGUGAUUUAUUAAUUUUAUGAAAAGCACUAAGUGUAUUCAGUUAAAUAUGACUAAGAUUUCUCAGUUUAAAAAAUAAAAAGGAAUAAACCUCUUCAUAUUUCAAUCAGUUCACGUGAGAAAUACUGCUUCUGCUUCAAGUUUAUACUUAAUUUUUGUUCUAUGUUAUUAACAAUGUCAAUUUUUUGUAUUAUUUAAUCUUAUGUGGUUAAAUAUAGGAGACACUUCUUUAAUUUAAUAUAAGCAGAAUAAAUACAAAAUUACAUGGGAUGGUCAUUUAUGCUGAUCUUCUUUCACUACCUAAUACCACUGAAAAUAUGACAGGUUAAUUUCAUAGUUCACAGGAGUAAUAUAUUUCAUCCUUUGAUCAUUUGUAACAUCUCAGUCUCGUAAGAUGUGAGAAAGAAAAAUUUCCAUCUUAUAUUACUGUGCAUAAAAUACUGUCUGUUGCUAGUUUAAAUGGUUGCAAUUAUGUGCUUCCAUUUUAAUAACAUUAUAGACUCUUUAAUUGAAACAUAAAUACAUUAAAGGUAACAGAAUUAUGAAAGAGACAUUAUAACUGCAGACAGCUUUUGCAACAAGAAGCAGUUAUUUCAAAAUUCUCCAGACCUGUAAUUUGAAAAUGCUUCAAAUUUGGUGUUUCAAAUAGGAAGCCAUUACUUUCAAAUUAUUUUGUAUGUGCUAAUUGAAAUAUACAUAUACAUACACACAUAUAAAUAUGAAGAGAAAACAUCUAUGUUAAAUCUUAUACUCAGACACUUUCAUAUUCCAGUAAGGCACAUUUUCAUUCUAAACAAUUUUAAGUGUGUUAGUCUAAUAACAAAUUAAAGAUUUAAUUAUGUGAGAGUCAGUGCUUGUAUUUUCUGAAGUUUCAAGAAAUGUAACUUGAAGUUGUCUAAAGCUAUGUUUCUGUAUGAAUCAUUGUACAUAGAAAAGUUUCUAUAGGAGAGUACUAAGAAAUAUAUUUACCAAAGCAAUGUAUGUACUUGUCACUACUUCACUUGCUUCACUCAACAGACAUGUCACUGCAUCUAAAACUUAAGAUUCGACAAGCUGUUCACAGAAGUUGUUGUGUUUAUGACAAGCAGUAGACAAAUGAAAAGUUGCUAAGGAAUGAAGAAUAUUUAAGAUUUUACAGGUGGUUACUGUAUAAGUGACUUAUUAAUGCAUUAUUAAUGCAUUACUGUUAUUAGUCUGGGAAAUAAUGUAAUAUUAAAUGGUAUUAUGCAUUAACAGUCCAGCUGUCAAUCUGUGUUGUAUUGAAUAUAAGUACCAAAUUUAAUUUUGUCAGUGUAUUGCUGCUGGUGUGAUUAGACCUAUGGAUGUUUUACAUGGUAUAGUUAAAGUUUUUAUGGUGUAAUCACAAGCUAUGAAGAAAUAUUUGUUAUGCAGUUUUCAUUACGUAUACUGUUAUUUUGUAAUAAAACAUUUUUUGUAAUAAAACACCAUUGUAAGCACUUCUUUCGGUCACAGUAUUCCUCAUACUUGUUAUAAAGCAAGAGUUAAAUAUUUUUGGCACAUAAAUCAUGGUAGAUAAAAUAGAUGUAAACUGUUUGUUGUACCUACACAGAAAACAGGGAAAAUUUGAGUUUACAGCUAAAUUUACUUCUUGUUGGGUGUCUCUGUCAGAGGUGUGUGCUGCUUCUCUUUUUCUUCUAACAUACAUCAGGGGUAGUGCUAAAACCCAACACAGUUCCACUGCUGAUACUGGACAUCCAUGAUACUACAGUUUGAGGAGGAAAAGGAGGAGGAGGAGGAGGAGGAGGAGGAGGAGGAGGAGGAGGAGGAGGGAGAAGAAGAAGGAAAAAAAGAAAG